UAAACAUCAAAUUUAAUAUCCAUUAACGAUACGGCAGGAACCUUAAGACUAGUUAGAGAAUAUGUUAAUAAACGUUGUAUCUGUAUGUCAUCCAGCAGUACCUAAGCCAAAUACUGUAUAGGUUUCUCGUACAUAACCUUGUUCAUAUUUAUGUAUGUGGGUUACAUAAAAUAAAAUGGCAACUGCGAAAGCAAACAAAAAAAUGGCGGCGGUAGCGGUCCAGUUGCCAGAGUGCCCUGUGUGCCUGGAAACAAUGUCGGCGCCGAUAUUUCAGUGUCAAUCCGGGCACAGCCUUUGUAACACCUGCACUGCUUCUCUGCGUCCACCAAUCUGUCCUAUAUGCCGCCAGUCUAUGACGCAGAUUAGAAACUGGCAGCUUGAAGAGAUGAUAACCAAGGCUAAGGUACCAUGCCCUAACAAGUCGUUCGGGUGCGUGUAUAUGAUGGCAACCGUUGAUGUAGAUGACCACACAAAAGAGUGCAUUUUCCGCGAGAUGGAAUGUCCUCUUGGAAUCGUUUUUGGAAGAUGCUCAUGGCAUGGAAAACUGAAGGAGAUGAUGGAUCAUUUUAAAGAGCGUCACCCUCAAAAUUGCAACGUAAACACAGAUACCGAUGUGGAAAUGAAUAACAUAAAUAUCAAGGAAGACGACCGCUAUGUGUACCUGCUGUCGCAGGGGAAAUUGUUGUUUAUAAUCACUAUGAAAAUCGAUACUAUAAACAAUUUGGUAUAUUGGGCAGUACAGCACAUUGGGAGCAAGAAAGUUGCUCACCAGCACAUUUACGAGAUACACGUUACAAGCAAGCAGGAUGUCAGGAGGAAAACAGUGUUCAUGGAACAUUGCUUCAAUGACGCUGUUAAAGCCGAUGAGGUGUUCCGCUUAGGAAAAUGUGGCAUCAUGUCAUUGAAUGUAUUUAGUAACUUCAUAAAAGACAAAAAAAUGUCGUUCCGAUUCUUCAUCAAGAGAAUUCCGCCAACAGUAAAUAAUGAUAGAAAUUCAAAUAGUGGUGGCAGCACACAACCUCAGAACAGAGGACCCAAGGUACCUGGACCGAAAGGUCCCGGCGGACCCAAGGGGCCAGGACCUAAUAAAGCACAUGGACCUAGAAAACCACAUAAACAGAAUACAUAAAAUGGG